AUGCUUGAGCUCGUGCUCACCAACAGGGAAGGGCUCAUUGGAAAUGUGACGCUCCAGGGCAGUCUUGCAUGCAGCGAUCAUGAGAUGGUUGAAUUCGAGAUCCUCAGGACAGUGAGAAGAGCCUGCAGCGAGCUCACUGCCCUGGACUUCAAAAGAGCAGAAUUUGGCCUCUUCAGGAACCUGCUUCGGAAGGUUCCAUGGGAUACAGCACUAGAGGGCAGGGGGGCCCAAGACUCUUGGUCGAUAUUCAAGGAUCACCUGCUGCAAGCUCAGGAGUGUUGCAUCCCAACCAGAAGGAAGUGCAGCAGGAGGGCCAGGAGACCUCCUUGGAUGGAUAAGGAGCUGCUGAGGAAAAUUCAAGUGAAAAAGAGGCUUAUAAUAAGUGGAAGCAAGGACAGGUGGCCUGGGAAGAAUACAGGGAUGUUGUCCAGGAAGCUAGGGACCAGGUUAGGAAAGCUAAGGCCCAGCCAGUUAGAAUUAAACUUGGCUAGGGAUGUUAAGGAUAAUAGGAAGGGGUUCUAUAGGUACGUAGCGAAUAAAAGACAGACUAGGGAUAAUGUGGGCCCUCUCCGGAACCUAUCAGAAGUGGCUACCCUGGAUGUGGAGAAGGCUGAGGUUCAUAAUGACUCCUUUGCCUUAGUCUUCACUGACAAAUUCUCUGACCACACCACUCAAGUCUUACAAGGCAGACGCAGGGACUGUGAGAAUGAAGACCUUGCGCCCACUGUAGGAGAGGAUCUGGUUCGAGGCCAUCUUAAGAACCUGAAAGUGCACAAGUCCAUGGGACUUGAUGAAAUCCAUUUGCGGCUGAUAGAUAUAAUCAGUAAAAUCUAUAUGGAUUAUGAAUUUUAUCAGUUCCAGGAGAACACAGGUAGCCCUGCUGUGAUAGAUGCAUCUGAACUGCAGAACUGUCUUUGA